UAUCAAAGGCCUAAACCCAAACAGAAAAUGGCCGUAACAAACCAAAGGCCCCAUCCUGACCAAAAGUCUAUAAUUAAACCAGGAUCAAAAGCUGACCAAAAGCCUGCUACUGAAUUAGAACUGAACCAAAAGUCCAUAACUGACCAUGGACCAGGCAUUGAAAAAAGUCCAAUAUUAAAUCUCGGGCCAAAACAUGACCAAGAACCUUUUCCUGAAUCAGAGGCAAAUAUUGAUCGAGAGCCUUUACCUGAUGAACAGCUUACAUCUGUUCAAGACCCAACACCUGGUCAAAAGCUACAACCCCAUCAUGCUCCUAUGACACCUUAUCAAAGGCCUAAACCCAACCAGAAAACUACUAAAACAAACCAAAGGCCCCAUCCUGACAAAAAGUUGACAAUUAAACCAGGACCAAAACCUGAUCAAAUACCUAUAACUGAUCCAAAUCUUGGCAAAAUUUCUAAACUUGAUCAAAAACAUCCCCGAUUUCCAACAAACCAAAAGACUAGACCAGAUGUAAAGCCACAACUUAAGCAAGAUCCUGCAUUUGACCAAGAGCCUAAAACUGAUGGAAUGCAUACACCCACUAGGCCUGACCAAAUGUCUAAGCUAAACCCCAAGCCUAUAUCUGGGAAAAAUGUUGAACCAGUAUCAAACAAAAAAACAAAACCUGGGCCCCCACUCAAACACUGGCAACCAACAAGACCUAGAACCAAGCCAGGAAUAUCACCAGCCAUGAAGCCAAGACCUGCAGGGAAACCGAAGCAAAGCCCAAACGUCAAAGCAUAUUCUGAUUCCUCUCCAAUCAACAGGGCAACUUCAGACAGCAUCCAAAACUCUCAAACUGAUAUGCCACCCACUUCUAGCCCUGUAAAAAAGAUUACUGAACUGAAUCUUUCUCAAGAGGAUAGAGUGUUAAGAACUAAUACAAUGAAAACUAUCACCUUGGGUCCAAAGACCUCUACUAGCCCCUUCCUCGAGGUUCGCCUCUUCCCUCACCUUCGCACUGUCACCAGGGGAUUUACAGCUCACCCCACCAGCAGGAUCAUGUCUGAUCCAAGCCCACAAACAUCCAGUCAAGCACCCUCUAUCACAAGGAUCACAAGACCAACCAAACGUCCUCUUGAUAUUCUUCACCCAAGUAUUAUCCCACACAUCAGCCCAGGAUCCACAACACCAAAAAGUCCUGGGACUAACAGUGGCUCUAGCUUACAGGCUAAGAUAAUUCCCAGUCUACAAGAAACAGCACCCAGCUACACUGCUAAACCGGACAAAGUGACAGUCCUCAGCCAUGGUCCAAAACAUAAACUCGGUCGCCAAACUAUCUCUACUCUCAAACCACAUCUCAUCUCUGACUUAAGAUCGACGACCCCUGCCACCUCUACUCCUGAACCUCUUAUUCCCAAUCCCUUUCUUGAUUCCACCACUCCAAGUGCACGAGAACUGCGUGUCAAGAUCAACCAGGUGGCUGCUUUCCUAAAUAACAGUCCUAAUGGAGGGCCACAGGACAGGCAUCUGAAGAGCCAUCCAAAAGAAGACCACGAGGGGAAUGAGGAGGGCAGCAAGGCCGACAGGAUACACAGCCAGAUCCCAGCACUGCAGUCAUCUAAAGCCACAAUGCGGAGAGACUGCUCUGACCUUCUGAUCAGAGGGGAGAAAAAGAGUGGCGUUUACCAGGUGACCCCUGACCUCCACCACGGGACCUUUCCAGUGCUGUGUGACAUGGAGACCAAAGGCGGGGGGUGGACCGUCCUGCAGCGCCGUCAGGACGGCAGCGUGAGCUUCAAUAGGGGCUGGGCUGAGUACCGGUCAGGCUUUGGGGAGCUGAAUGGAGGGGAGUUCUGGCUGGGUAAUGACCAGAUCCACGUCCUGACCCGGGACAGGGACAUGAUCCUCAGGGUGGACCUUGAGGACUUUAACGGGUUGAAGGCGUAUGCAGAGUAUGGGCAUUUUAGGGUCGCAAGUGAGCGACAACGCUACCGCCUGGCAGUGGGCAGCUACUCGGGCUCUGCAGGGGACGCCCUUCACUUUAGCAUAAGGUAUGAUCAUAACAACAGGGCCUUCACCACCCCAGACAGGGACCAUGACCGCUACCCUUCAGGCAACUGUGGGGCUUAUUACAGCUCAGGCUGGUGGUUUGACGCCUGCAUGGCUGCAAACCUCAAUGGGAAAUAUUAUGCAGGAAAGUACAAAGGCAUCCGGGAUGGGAUUUUCUGGGGAACUUGGCAUAACAUAUCAACAGAGUAUUAUCCCACCAGUGACAGGCAAUCUUUUAAAACUGUCCAGAUGAUGAUCAGACCAAAGGGCUUUGCACCAUGAGCCAGAUUGGCCUUGAGUUUGUGUGUGGUCACGCUCAAAGAGAAAAUGAAACGAAUUCCCAAGCAUAAAGGGAAAUUACAAUUACUAAUUUCAACCAUAAGCUCUCAAACUGCCCUUUACAAAUUAACUGCGCCAGAUGUUAUUGUACACUGUUGAGACAAUGCUGCCGCCCUGUGGUAGCCUAAUAUAUUCAGCAAUAAUGCUUUUGUUUACGUUGAAGGAUGGACGACACUGAGGAAGGGUGUACAUAUAGUUUCAAAGGUUUUUCUUAAUGUCAGAGUAUCUUUUUUCAAAACCUAUUAAUAUUUCAGAAGUAAAACAUGCUGUUGGAAGUUUAAUUUGUUUUCUAUCGAGAAAGAAUUAAUUAUGUGAAGAGUUAUAUAUCAGUCAAGACAGAAGUGCAACAGACCGCUAUGUUUUAUUACAGUACUGGAAUGUCAAGUGACGGCAGAUUUAAGCUGUUUACUAUGUUUUCAAGUUUUCUUUUUUUAAAUGAAUAAAACCGGUGUACAAAA